AUGGGAGAUAUCUGGACAUGGAUCAUUUCAUUCUUAAUCCUUAUCGCUCUUGUCGGAUUAAUCGUUUACCAGCUUAUUUGUUUAGCUGAUCUGGAGUUUGAUUACAUCAAUCCUUACGACUCUGCAACGAGGAUAAACUUUGUGGUAUUACCGGAAUUCGUCCUCCAAGGAGCUCUCUGUUUGUUCUACCUCGUGACUGGUCACUGGUUCAUGGCACUGCUCUGUGUCCCUUACCUCUACUACAACUUCCAUCUUUACUCGAGAAGGCAACAUUUGAUAGACGUGACAGAGAUCUUCAACUUGCUUGAUUGGGAAAAGAAGAAACGUCUCUUCAAGCUUGCUUACAUGAUCCUUACACUGUUUUUAACCAUUUUCUGGUUAAUCUAUUCGACUCUGGAUGAUUUCGAAGACUGA